UAGGCACCCACCUCUAAUAGGUGUCAGAUGGAAUUCCUCAUUCAUCCCAAGGUUCCAGCAACACACCGUGCCAAGCAAUCAAAAACCGAUAUCGUAAGGAAGGGCAGCCCAUGAAAUACUGCCGGGGAUGUUUGGACAGCCCAGUCGAUUUGUCCACGGCAAAUAACGGGUUACGCUCCCAUACUAUCGUCCAUAAGCGCUGCGGAGGAACGCCCGUAUCGAGAUCCCGAGAACAACCAAUACUAUUCCUUACAUUCUCAACCACACUGUUCUGGUCACUUCGGACCUUGUCCUCGAGGUUCCGUAGUGCAGCUGCAUGGAACGGAACGACUCAGGUGCUUACAUAUCGACUAACCAUACGUUGGUCGAGAAAAAUUUUGUGCUCUCCUGCACUAGUUUCAUGCAAAAGACAUAAAAGCGAAUUCGUUCACGAUGCAUGCCGAACAGUUAUACCGUGCCCAGAGGACCGUAUACCCUUGAAGCCACAACAUCUCUUGUAUCUGGUGGCUGCUGUUUUGCCAUCCAUGUACAUGGCCUACCUUGCUCGACGCCCGGAAACUUUCCUCUACCGCCUCAUGCUACUCCCACUCAUAGUAUUAGUCACACUGGGGACCUUCUUCCGCUUCAAAAUUCCUGGAGCGGAAUACACUCCGGUUAAUUGGGGAAUAGCGGCGAUUGCUAUCUUUAUGGUUUCCAGGGUCAUCGAUUGGGCUUGGAGACCUGAGGGAAUGCUCAAAGUCGGCGAGGAAAAACUAGGUGUUUUCAUCAACUUUCCCAACCAAAGCAGGGGCGGUACAUCAACAGACGGUACCAAUGAUUCAAGAACAUCGCCAUCAAUAUGGGAACGCCACUUACCAAGCCGGUUAUAUGACGCCUUGGAACUCUUCUGCACGCUGAGAGGGAUCGGUUGGACAUUUGGAGUCGGAGUGCACGUCCCAAGGGAACACAAGUCUCUUGAACGAUUUGCAUUCCUUCGCCAAACUUUAGCUUCCGCUCUUCGACGCUUCGUGGUGCUUGACUUCUGCGAGUCGUUCGUCAAGCUCGUGCCAGGCGGUAAUUUACCUGAAGGAGGUACCAUCUUCAGGCCCGAGCUUCCUAUUCCACAGCGCUACAUGCUAUCUACCGCGGUUCACGUUGCCACAGGAUCCAUGUUUAUUGCGGGUUUUGAGUUGCUGUACGAUCUCUUUACGCUAAUUGGCGUCGGCUUGCUCUCCAACGAUCCAUCAUCGUGGCCACCUGUUAUGGACCAUCCUUGGCAGUCGGACUCCCUGCAUGAAUUUUGGGCGAAACGUUGGCAUCAGUUGCUGAGAGAGACGUUCUUCGUAUACGGUGGCUUCAUUGGAGGAGCUAUUGCUGGAAAUAUCGGCAUUGUUUUUGGGACGUUUGUUGGGUCGGGACUACUUCAUGAACUCGCUAUUUGUAGUCAUGGACGGGGGUUUGACCCACAGGGCAUACUCUUUUUCGUACAGCAAGCCCCAUUACUGAUACUGGAGAAGCUAUGGACGCGUGUCACUGGACACCGUGUCAAAGGCAUCUACGGGCGAUUAUGGGUGCUUUUCUGUAUUGUCAUCUUGGGCCAAUCCUUAGUGGACUCGUGGCACAGGAGGGGUCUCGGUGGAUGCUACGUCAUCGACCCACGCAUUAGCCCUGUUCGGCUGCUGCUUUUACCAUGCCUUGGAUGGUUUACAGAGUAUUUAGGCCUUCAUCGCAUCUCUGCCUUGCUCAGUUGAGGCUAUCUUUCUGAAAUUCAUUUCGUCAACUUAA